CUUCGCUCAGUUUGGCGUGCUCGUUAUUUCGCUCGCUUUUGUGAUUCAGGGCUUCACUUCCUCCGCGACAUCGCACGCCUUCUGCUUUCCUCUCCCUCUCCAAACCACCACGAAGCAGGGUUAAAUUGGCUGUGCCGCUUUCCUUCCUUCUGAGCAGUCUCGAAGCCCGGGGCUGUGUGAAAGGCAGACGAAGCGACUGCGGUCUCUGAGGCAGCUCUCUGCUUCCAGAGCUUCUGGUCUGAAGGCCCGGUCUUAACAUUGAGGAUUUCACUGGAAUAUUAUUUGGGAAACGUAUCAUGGAAGUUCUUCGCCCACAGCUUAUAAAAAUUGGCGGACGGAUUUACAGGAAGAAUCCCAUCCAAGAACAGACUUAUCAACAUGAAGAAGAUGAUGAAGACUUCUAUCAAGGCUUCAUGGAAUGUGCAGAAGAGCCCUGUGAUGCCUACGAGGUGGUGCAGACCCAGCAAGGUUUCCGGUGUACUGUGAAGGCCCCCAGCCUGCUCUACAAGCAUAUAGUUGGAAAGAGAGGGGACACUAGGAAGAAACUAGAAGUGGAGACCAAAACUUCUAUUAGCAUUCCUAAGCCUGGACAAGAAGGAGAAAUUGUAAUCACUGGCCAGCAUCGAAGUGGAGUAAUUUCAGCCCGAACUCGGAUUGAUGUUCUUUUGCUCACUUUUAGAAGAAAGCAGCCCUUCACUCACUUCCUUGCCUUUUUCCUCAAUGAAGUUGAGGUUCAGGAGCGAUUCCUGAAAUUCCAGGAAGAGGUACUAGAGAAAUGCUCCAUGGAUCACGGGGUUGAUGGCACCAUUUUCCAGAAUCCCAAAAAGCUUCACCUAACUAUUGGGAUGUUGGUGCUUUUGAGUGAGCAAGAGAUCCAGCAGACAUGUGAGAUGCUACAGCAGUGUAAAGAGGAAUUCAUUGACAACAUUUGUGGGGGCAAACCCCUGGAAGUAGAGAUGGCAGGGAUAGAAUACAUGAAUGAUGAUCCUGGCAUGGUAGAUGUUCUUUAUGCCAAAGUCCAUAUGAAGGAUGGCUCCAACAGGCUGCAGGAAUUAGUUGAUCGAGUACUGGAACGUUUUCAGGCAUCUGGACUAAUAGUGAAAGAGUGGAAUAGUGUGAAACUCCAUGCUACAGUCAUGAAUACUCUAUUCAGGAAAGACCCCAAUGCUGAAGGCAGGUACAAUCUCUACACAGCGGAUGGCAAAUAUUUCUUCAAGGAAAGAGAAUCAUUUGAUGGCCGAAACGUUUUAAAGCUAUUUGAGAACUUCUACUUUGGUACCCUAAAGCUCAAUUCAAUUCACAUCUCUCAGAGGUUCACAGUUGACAGCUUUGGAAACUACGCCUCCUGUGGACAAAUUGACUUCUCCUGAGGUGGCUCUUGGGAAACACUAAAUAUUGAACGUCGCACACAGUGCUGAGGAAACGUAUCUUCAUCUUAAUUGCCAAGGAGGGAUAUGGAAGUUUGGAUGGUGACUUUCCUGGUGGUUCCCCAUGGACACCAUUGUCUCUGAAGGUUGUCUACAGUCAUCACACUGUCAGCCAAGAUGGUUGAGGGCACAGAGAGGACUUGUGCCUGUAACCCUUGGCUUGUUCAUCUUUCACAGGGUUUACCUUUCUUUCCAAAGCUCUUCUCUGGAAAUGUACCUCUGAAGCCUAUUGGAGCUCAGAUUCACAUUAUCUCUUAUAUACCUACUGUUUUUGCCACAACCGUUAAAUUUGUGUUAAUACUUUAAAAGAGAGUUAAAGUUAUGUUGUCGUAUUAAUCUUGCCACCUACCAAAUAGCUACAAUUUCUAAAAGGUUUGUAUUUUUCCUUUCCCCUUGUACCCUAACUUUUAAUCACUACCCAGAAUUUCUUUUUUAUUGUAAAAAACACACAACAUAAAAUUUACCAUCUUAACCAUUUUUAAGUAUAUAGUUCAGUAGUGUUCAGUAUAUUCAGAUAUUGUGGAAUAUCUCCAGAACUUUUUCAUCUUGCAAUUCUGAAACUCGAUACCCAUUAAAUAAUUCCCAUUUUGCCUUCUCCCAAGCCCCUGGUAACCACCAUCCUACUUUCUUGUUUCUAUGAAUUUGACUACUUUAUAUAUCUCAUAUAAGUGGAGUCAUACAGUAUUUGUCUUUUGUGAGUGGCUUAUUCCAUUUAGCAUAAUGUCCUCAAGGUUCAUCCAUGUUGUAGCAUGUGACAGGAUUUCCUUCCUUUUUAAGGCUGAAUAAUAUUCCAUUGUAUGUAUAUACCACAUUUUGUUUAUCCAGUUAUCCAUCAAUCCAUUUGGGUUCCUUCCACCUUUUGGCUGUUGUGAAUAGCACUUUAUGAAUGUGGGUGUAGAAAUCUCUCUUCAAGACCCUGCUUUCAGUUCCUUUACUACUAAGAAUUUUAUCUUUAGCAAAGUAAGUCUUUUAAGUCUUUACCUUUUGCCUUGAUCUGCCCUUUUUCUUCUGAAGUUGGUACCUCUCUCUGUUAAGAUUCCUGUUCCUUCACCCUACCCUAACCCUGGCCUUCCCAGGCCACUGAAGGAGUUGCAGUUUGUAGCUCUUUUCCGUUUACUUCUCAGCAGCAGCAGCAAGAGAAACAGUGAUAUCAGCAGGACUGUGCAGAGUUCCCUGGGAGAGUGUCAGCCGCAGAAGGUGCACCUUCCUUGCCGCAGACUCGCAGUGGGAGAGAGCUCCCAGCAUGGCUUUGCCCCACCCCUCAGUCCUGCCACGUGCUCAGCCGGGGAGCUCAAGCCUGCUGUCGCCUCUCUUGUCCCCCUCCUCACAUCUUUUCUCCUUCCGAGUCCUCUCUUUCUCUUUUCUUCAUUCCUUAUUCUUACCUUGAUUCUUACUUUCUGUUUGAGAAGUUUGAUUCUGAACCCCAUGUAUUAAGGUCACUACAUAGUGAGGGCUGUGUAUAAACACUCAGAUUUGGUUUUUUUUUUUAAAGAUUUUAUUUUUCCUUUUUCUCCCCAAAGCCCCCUGGUACAUAGUUGUGUAUUUUUAGUUGUGGAUCCUUCUAGUUGUGGCAUGUGGGAUGCUACCUCAGCAUGGCCUGAUGAGCAGUGCCAUGCCCGCAUCCAGGAUCUGAACCUGCGAAACCCUGGGCCUCCGAAGCAGAGUGCAAGAACUUAACCACUCAGCCACGGGGCCAGCCCCAAGAUUUGUUUAUCAAUGUGACUACACAGAUCAUUUGAGAAUAAAUGAAUUUCCAAAGUAA